GAUGAAAAGGGAAGGGGAAAUUGUCGGUGGGUUUGGUUAUGGUGGAGAAAUGGGAAUGAUCAACAUCGCCUACGAAUUAAUCAUUUUCUCACCUAAACUUAUAUUUAAGUUUCACUUUUAAUUUAAUUACUUUACACUUUUCAGUUACAAUCAGCAAUUAAACGGCAAAUCAAAUCACCAACUGAAGCUUAUUUGCUACAAUAUUUGCUUUUAUUUUGUUUACAUCGAUCAACUGAUUGUGUUAAUUGUGUUUCUUUGAUAAAAUUCAAUUUAGAUGCCGAUAUUGAAAGUUAAUCAUUACCAAUCUGUUUGGACCAACCAAGAUUUAAACGAGAAAGAUUUUUCUGACAAAGCAAAAAUCGAAUUAGUUAAAGGUAAUGGUGGACCUCAAGUCCGUUUUGAGGAGGAAAAAAUGGAACAACGAAGUCGUUAUGUUCAACGAAGAUCACUUUCGCCGAAUCCACCGAGACGAGGAACGGAAAUUCCUGGUUGGUAUAGACAAAUGUAUUCCGAGAUGGGGAAUCCUCAAAGUAUCGCACCAAUGUUGAUAAAAAACAAUCGAAUCUCUUCUGGUGCUACAAACAAUUAUUCUGAUAUGAGAAGUUGUGAUCAUACUGAUCGAUUAUGUGGUUCUCCGUAUCGUCCAAAUACAAGCAACAGUUAUGAGACGGAAUCGAGUAGAUCGUCGACACCAGGACGUGAUGGUUUCGCUUUACCGAUGAGAAUCAAUUCUAAUGAAAAGAUCGUUGAAACUGGAGGUGUGAUUGAUGAGGAACAGAUCGCUGAGCGACAAGAAUAUUAUCCUUAUAGAGACGCUCAACAUGGAAAGCCUUUGCCUGGAGAAAACGGCUUCAUGGUUGAUUCAUCAUCAAGAAAACUUUUUCAUAAACAAGGAUAUCAAUCUAAUGGCGAUUCCCUUUCACCGAAUUCUGAAUCACUAAUGCAAACAAGAUAUUCAGUUAAAUCGCCAUCAAAGGAUGAGAAUAAUUUCCAAUCAUCACAAAUUCCAAGUCAAUCAUUUUCACCUUCAACAAUGAAUCUCAAUCGUCGAUCAACUUCAGUCCCAUCUUCAGGCGAUUCCAUGCGAAAAGAGUCAACAGUUUAUGAAACUUGUGCUGAUUUCCAAUUAACACCAGAAUAUUUUUCGCAACUUCGUCACAUUAAGGUGACAUCAAUUCCAAUUCCAAUGAUUCCUCCGAAAUUCGGUACAUUAACUCAGGGUGGACGUUGGCCUAAUGAGGCUCAAGCUCCAAUUGAUGUCGGUCCUCCAUGUCAAUUGUGCAAGAAACCGAUAACUGAAUCGCGUUUCGUAAACCAUGAUAAGGUCACUUAUCAUUGUUGGCAUUUCACUUGUUCGCAUUGUUUCAAGACAUUGGAAGAUGAUGAUUUUCGAGUGGAUAGAAACGACAAACCUUAUUGUCACAAUUGCUUCAAACGACAAUAUCCUUGAGCUUUGAAAAUUUUCACGAUUUUCAACAUUACAUUGAGAAUCAAAGUAAUUAUCAUAUUGGUUAAAUAAUAAUCAUGUAACAAUUGAUAACAAAUAUAAAUACAGUUGAAGGUUUUGAGAACUUGUAUUCAAGAAAAAAUUCUGUUCGAUAGAUAUUCAACUUGAACAAUUUUAUCCUUAA